AUGAAUGGGAGACGACCUUGGCACGAAGGCCAUGCUACGGCAAGCUCCUCUCACCCUCCGAAGCGACGCAAGACCGCACAUGACGACCCAGAAGAUGGGGUUUACGACUCGCGAAACGGGUCGCCCGCCUCGAACAACCAGUAUACAAUCGCUUGGAUCUGUGCGCUGCCCAUAGAGAUGGCCGCAGCUCGCGCCAUGCUAGAUGACAUCCACGAAGACCUGCCCAGACACACAAACGACACGAAUACCUACACGCUCGGCGGCAUACAGGGCCACAACAUCGUCAUUGCGUGUUUGCCGAUAGGCCAGUACGGAACGAACAACGCGGCGAGCGUGCUGACCCACCUCAUCCGUACCUUCCCAUCGAUCCGCCUUGGUUUGAUGGUGGGAAUCGGAGGCGGGGUGCCGGGCAAGGUCGACAUGCGUUUGGGCGACGUCGUUGUCGGGACGAGGGUGGUGCAGUACGAUCUAGGGAAGACUAUCGGAGACGGACAGAUCCAACGCACUGCGAUCCCGAAGAGCCCGCAUCACCUGCUUGGCACGGCCGUGUCGUCCCUACAAGCAAGGCAUGAACGAGACAGCAGCCGAAUCCUACUCAUAUUAGAGGAAAAGUUCGACGAAGACUCCCCGUACCGCCGCCCGACUACAGCGGACCGCCUCUUCUCCUCGACGUAUGAGCAUACCUCGCCAUCACCUAGUUGCGAUGGAUGCGACCGUUCGAAGCUGGUACCACGAAACAGGCGGAGCACGGAUAACCCGGUGAUUCACUAUGGAACGAUCGCUUCAGGGAACCAAGUCAUGAGGAACGGCAUCCAACGAGACAACAUCGCUCGACAGCUGGACGCCAUCUGUUUUGAGAUGGAGGCUGCCGGUCUGAUGGAUAUCCUCCCUUGCCUACCGAUUCGGGGAAUCUGCGACUACUCGGACUCUCACAAGAACAAGGAAUGGCAGAGAUAUGCCGCGGCUGCCGCGGCUGCAUACACAAGGGAACUAGUGGCGGUGCUACCCGUCGUCGACGUUCCCAACCCUUAUAAACUAAGUUCAGUGCAAGAUGAUGGGGACAAGCAAUGCAUGAAAGACUUGCGCGAGACUGACCCUCGCGACGACAAGACACGCAUCCAAGAUACAAAGGGCGGCCUGCUCAGGGACUCUUACCGCUGGAUCCUCGAUAACGACGACUUCCAGCAAUGGCGUGAUAAUCCGCAGAGCCAGUUGCUCUGGAUCAAAGGUGACCCCGGUAAGGGCAAGACGAUGCUGCUAUGUGGUAUCAUCGACGAGCUGGAGAAGGAACCCGGCAAUCGCCUGUCUUAUUUCUUCUGCCAGGCCACCGAGGCACGACUGAGUAAUGCGACGGCCGUGCUGCGCGGUCUGAUCUACCUUCUAGUCGUCCAACAGCCGUCGCUCAUCUCGCAUGUUCGGAAGAAACACGACCAUGCGGGCAAGCAGCUUUUCGAGGACGGGAAUGCCUGGGAAGCCUUAUCCAAGAUCCUCACGGCCAUGCUUAAUGACCCGGGCGUGGAUGGUGCGAUCCUGAUUGUUGAUGCCCUCGAUGAAUGCAAGACAAAUCGCCAUCAGCUUCUCGACUUCAUCACUAAACCUUCCCGCGUCAAGUGGAUCGUCUCUAGCCGUAACUGGCCGGACAUUGAGGAGAAACUGGACAAUUUGGAGCAGAAAGUCAGGCUGCGCCUUGAGUUGAACAAGGACUCAAUCUCCAAAGCUGUCAAUAACUACAUCGGAUACAAGGUGAACCGACUGGCAGGUCUUAAGAAAUACGACAAGGAAACAGGAGACGCUGUUCAACGUCACUUGGUUGGCAAUGCCGAUGGCACCUUUCUUUGGGUCGCUUUGGUCUGUCAAGAGCUAGCAGAUCCCAAGGUCCGAAAACGCCAUACGCUCGACACAUUGAAGUCAUUCCCCCCAGGUCUUGAUCCUCUCUAUAAGCGAAUGGUGGAACAUAUGAGCGAUUCGAAAGAUGCAGAUCGUUGCAAAGAGAUCCUCGCUCUUGCUUCGGUCGUAUACCGACCCAUCACCCUAGACGAGUUAAAGGCUCUUGCCCAGUCGCUCGAAGAUCUCGACCAGGAUGAGUUGGAAGAAAUCAUCGAUUCCUGUGGUUCUUUUCUGACUCUUCGAAACGGCGUCAUCUACUUUGUGCAUCAAUCAGCCAAAGAUUUCCUGCUCAAGAACGCGUCAAAACAAAUCCUACCUUCUGGCAUUGCGCACCAGCACUAUGCCCUCUUCUCGAGGUCGCUAGGGGUCCUGUCGGAAACUCUUCGACGAAACAUCUACAGUCUCAACACGCCAGGAUUCUCCAUUGAUCAGGUCUCACCGACUAAUCCCGACCCAUUAUCCCCAAUUCGAUAUUCAUGCGUCUACUGGGUUGACCAUCUUCACGACUCAGAUGUCGCAGAAGUCAACGACAUUCUACGGGAUAACGGCAACGUCCAUGUAUUCAUCCAGAAGAAGUACUUGUAUUGGCUGGAAUGUCUUGGUCUGCUACGAAGCAUAUCGGAGGGAACCAAGGCGGUACACAAGCUCGAGGCUUUAGUGAAAAUCGCGGGAGCGCAGAAACUGACAGAACUACUUCGAGAUGCGCGCCGAUUCAUUCUUUCUCAUGCUCGCGCCAUCGAGAUUGCUCCAUUGCAGGCUUAUGCGUCCGCACUCGUGUUCAGUCCUGAACACAGUCUCACCAGAGAGCUCUUUAAGAAGGAGGAGCCGGAUUGGAUGGUAUUGAAGCCAAGAAUGGAGGCAGAUUGGAACGCUUACGAGAAGACGCUUGAGGGCCAUGGCGAUUCGGUGACGUCGGUGGUGUUCUCGGCAGAUGGCCAGCGUCUUGCAUCUGGCUCAGAUGAUAAGACAGUCAAGAUCUGGGACGCGGCCACGGGCGUAUGCGAGCAGACCCUCGAGGGCCAUGGCGAUUGGGUGAGGUCGGUGGUGUUCUCGGCAGAUGGCCAGCGUCUUGCAUCUGGCUCAGGUGAUAACACAUCCGUGACGUCGGUGGUGUUCUCGGCAGAUGGCCAGCGUCUUGCAUCUGGCUCAGGUGAUAACACAGUCAAGAUCUGGGACGCGGCCACGGGCGCAUGCGAGCAGACUCUCGAGGGCCAUGGCGAUUGGGUGAGGUCGGUGGUGUUCUCGGCAGAUGGCCAGCGUCUUGCAUCUGGCUCAGGUGAUAACACAGUCAAGAUCUGGGACGCGGCCACGGGCACAUGUGAGCAGACGCUCGAGGGCCAUGGCUAUUGGGUGAGGUCGGUGGUGUUCUCGGCAGAUGGCCAGCGUCUUGCAUCUGGCUCAGGUGAUAACACAGUCAAGAUCUGGGACGCGGCCACGGGCGUAUGCGAGCAGACGCUCGAGGGCCAUGGCGAUUCGGUGAUGUCGGUGGUGUUCUCGGCAGAUGGCCAGCGUCUUGCAUCUGGCUCAGGUGAUAACACAGUCAAGAUCUGGGACGCGGCCACGGGCGCAUGCGAGCAGACUCUCGAGGGCCAUGGCGAUUGGGUGAGCUCGGUGGUGUUCUCAGCAGAUGGCCAGCGUCUUGCAUCUGGCUCAGAUGAUAACACAGUCAAGAUCUGGGACGCAGCCACGGGCGCGUGCCUGCAGACGCUUAGCGUUAGCAGAGUGUUAUAUCACCUUUCAUUUGAUCCAAGGACAAAUUCUCUCCUCUAUACCGACAUUGGACUCCUAAACCUAUAUCACCCGGCUCUACCGCCUGCCGUUGAUGAUAGGUCGACUGAAAUAACCUUACGGGGUGUUCGCCAUUCUGGCUGGGGCAUAAGCACCAGCGGUGCAUGGAUUGUUCAAGAUGGAAAGGAGAUGCUUUGGCUACCUCCGGACUAUCGAGGGGUGGAAACCGCUGUUGCUGGAUCAACUGUCGCUAUCGGCUGUCGAUCAGGUCGUGUGCUAGUGAUGAAGUUCUCUUAA